UCCCCCUAAAAAAACAAUUGUUCACGAUCGUCCCCAUCUCGCUGCAAUCUCCACCGGGUCCAGACACCGGCGAUGGCCGCCGCCCUCCGCUCCUCUUCCGCUGCCGCCGUGCACCGCUUCCUCCGCAUCUCCCGGUCCACCUUGUCAACGCUCCCGUACGCCUCACGUCCUGCUACGGUGCCGCCUUUCUCUCCCUCGAUCACCGCCAUCUCAGGUGGCUACAAUGCUUUCUCAUGGAACUUCAGGCGCUUGCUCAGUUCAAAUGAAAAACAUAUGCCUGCAAUGUCUGACCCACAAAUUGAAUCUGCUCUUAAGGAUUUGAUGGCUGCGAGCUGGAGUGAACUUCCACAUUCUCUUGUAGAGGAAGCAAAGAAAACAGUAUCCAAAUCCACUGAUGAUGCAGCAGGUCAAGAGGCUUUGAAAAAUGUAUUUCGUGCAGCUGAGGCAUGUGAAGAAUUUGGUGGAGUUUUAGUUACCCUAAGAAUGGCCCUGGAUGAUCUUUGUGGUCUAACAGGCGAGAACGUGGGCCCUUUGCCUGGUUAUGUAGAAGAUGCUGUUAAGUCCACAUAUAAUAGGUACAUGACAUAUCUGGAAUCCUUUGGGCCUGAUGAACAUUUUCUACGAAAGAAGGUGGAAAAUGAGUUGGGUACCAAAAUGAUUCACCUUAAAAUGAGAUGCAGUGGCAUAGGAUCCGAGUGGGGAAAGAUCACCCUGAUAGGUACCUCAGGGAUCUCUGGGUCCUAUGUUGAGCUAAGGGCGUGAGGGAAGUCCGCAAAUUAGAGCAGUGGCAGAACAUGGAUGGAUUGAAGCAAAGCUGCUUCAUCAGAAUGAGGUGUUGAAUAGCGUGCCAAUAACGAUGAAAUCAUCACACGUACAUGCCAACCUGCAUUAAAUCUUUGUGCGCCAAGCUGCUGUAAUAAUAGCAAGUCCCUGGUUCAUGUUAAUUUUGUUUCACUCCUGGAUGCUUUAUGGUGCGUGUGAAACAUGAUGCUUCUCUUCAUUUAUACUUCAUGGAUAGAAAAUGUGAUUUUUUUUA